AUGUCAGCUUUAGAUCAAACAGAUAAUAAAGGACGAACAGCAAUAAUGCUGGCUAUUAAAAAUGGUGACUUAGAAGUCAUGGAACAUUUGUUGGGAAGAGGAGUUUGUGUUUCACAGAUUGAUACUGCGGAUAUAAAUGCUGUAAACAUGUACAACAAAACAGCUUUAAUGAUAGCCUUAGAAAACAGAAAAUACGAGUUUAUAAAACAAGUCUGUAAACUUUACAAAGAAGAUGAUGUUGUGUGUCCUAAAGGUAGAACUUUACUCAUGAUGGCGGCACAAUCUGGUUUAGUUGACACGGUGAAAGAUUUGGUCAGUAAAGGGUCAAAGGUCAACCAGGUUGACAAGAAACAGAGAACAGCACUCAUGUAUGUUUUAUAUUUUAAACCUCAACUUUUUGAGCUUGCAUACAAAGCGUUGGAACUGAUAGAAUAUUUGUUAUUUCAACAUGCGGAUGUUAAUGUUUCUGAUUACAAACAUGAAACUAUGUUAAUACAUCUUUUGAAACAUAAAGUCAAUGAUCUUAUUCUGCCUAUCAUCAAACAUUUGCUAAACAAAAAUGCACAAACUAAUGUCAUAGACCGAGAUGGCAGGUCUCCGCUUAUGAUAGCUAUCAUACAAUUAGGUCUAAUAAAUCAACGACAUAACAAUAGAUUUAAGAGUAUAGACAUACACAUGCAUAUUAAACAGCUCAAUCAUGUAGUGCAUCUCUUCAUAGAGAAAACUGAUGACGUCAACAGUUCCGACAACAAAGGUAACACAGCUCUAAUGUUGGCAUCUAAAUGCGGGUUUAAUAAUGUGGUCCAGCUUUUAACAAAGAAGACAGACGACAUCAAUAGGGUCAACAAAAAAGGUCAAACAGCUAAUGACUUGGCAUUAAAGAAUGGACAUUACAGUGUGGUGCAGACUUUGGUAGAAAACAAAGCAAACGUUAACACUAACAAUGUUUUAGAUUUUGCCUCGUUUUUUUCUGGUUUACACAAGUUACAUCAAAGAUCAGUUUUUUUAAAUAACGGCACUCGUGAAAUAGAAUUAUGGACAGCUUUUCUCAAUGAGUUGGAUCAACAGUCAGCUUUAGCCACAAAUAGAGGAGAAAACUCGACAAGUCAUAUUUACACUUCUGAACAAUGUUACAAUGUGCAAGGCAGCAUUAUUUUAAUUUUGGAGUUUUCCUCCAAGAUGGGAUGUAGUCCAUACCUAGAGAUCUAG